AACCAAUUAAGUUGCCGUACUUGUCAUCCGUCAAAUCACCGCCAGCCAAGUCGCCGAUAACCUAACCUCAAAUAAUGUUUAUCAAGACACCUCUCCAAUGGCUCCGACUAAAAAUAAGUUGCCCAAACCCGGGUUAAACCAAACUAGCACAACCCCAAAAAUGGAGAUUGUGAAGAAGUACUUCUACGACCCUCACCAUAUAACUUUAACGUGCUGUCUUCUGUUCCUCUUUGAAAUUGUCUUAAACAUCUUCAUCAUCGAAAGAGUGAACUACACCGAAAUUGACUGGAAGGCAUAUAUGCAAGAAGUUGAAGGUUUUCUGAACGGUACCUGGGACUACAAAGACCUACGAGGAGACACGGGCCCUCUCGUGUACCCUGCGGGCUUCGUUUAUAUCUAUUCGUUUCUUUAUAAAAUAACAUCCCAUGGGACGAAUAUAUACGUUGCUCAGUACAUCUUUCUUGGUCUGUAUUUGGCGCAAGCCUUACUAGUGUACAGAAUUUUGCGAAAGACAUCAAAAAUACCCCCAUAUGCUUUAAUUCUAGCGACUGUAACAUCAUACCGGAUACAUUCAAUUUUUGUACUGAGACUCUUCAAUGAUCCAAUCGCUGUUCUGUUGUUUUACGUUAGCUUAAAUUUGUUCAUUUCUGAUUGGUGGAUUUUGGGGAGUGUCUUCUACUCAUUGGCUGUAUCAGUCAAAAUGAACAUUCUUUUGUACGCGCCAUGUUUGCUCAUUGCUUACUUAACGAAUCUGACUCUUGUACAAACUGCUAUUAACCUGGUGGUUUGUGGGGUGCUCCAAAUUCUUCUCGGAGCUCCGUUCCUUUUAACUAACCCUUACUCCUACAUUAGGGGUAGUUUCGACCUUGGACGCAUUUUUGAACACAAAUGGACUGUAAACUACAGGUUCCUUCCCAGGGAGGUUUUUGAAAACAGACUUUUACAUCUUUCAUUACUAACGUUACACAUUUUGACCCUGCUAGCAUUUGCUCCUCACUUAAGACGGUAUUUAAGUAGUUACGCUAAGUUGAAGGUUGUCACUAAACAAGUUAAAGCACAAAUGAAAGAAGAACGUCGCAAGAGAGAAGAAAAGAAAAAGAAAGAGAACGAAAAAUUAAGUAAAAAAGAGAAGAUUUUUUUGGAUGGUUUUGAAAAGCAGUUGAAAGGUGUCAAGACCAGAGAGGAAACAAUUGAUGACGUUUAUGAAGACGAGUCGAAACUUGAAGAUAAGAUGAGCAAAGUAGCACAGCUGUUUGUUUUACCAUUUUUUGCAACAAAUUUGAUUGGGAUUGUUUUUGCCAGGUCUUUACACUACCAGUUUUACAGUUGGUAUUUUCAUAGUUUAUUGUAUUUAGUGUUUUGUACCGGUUUCAGAAAACCAGUCAUGUUUUUAUUAUUGGGUGUUUUGGAAUAUUGUUGGAAUGUGUACCCCAGUACCCACGUUUCAAGUGCCUUACUACACUUGUGCCACUUUGUUUUACUCUAUGGUGUUUAUAGAACAAUGAAAAUGUAAAUUUAAAUAAAAUAUACAAAAAAAUAGUUUCUUAAA